GGCCUCCGGCCAAUCACCACCGCGGAGGGGCGUGGCCGUGGGGAGCGUGGGCAGAAGAUGGCGGACAGCAGCGCGGCCAAGCGGACCAAAGGGGCGCAGGCUGAGGAGAGGAAGGUGGACUGGCGGCGCUGGAAGCAGGAGAGGAAAGCGGAGAAGAAAAAAUGGAAGGAAAUGAAGCUACUGAAGAAACUGGAAAAACAGCGGAUGCGGGAGCUGGCAGAAAAACAAGCCGAGAAGCAGAAGGAAGAGCAGAAGGAAGACAAAGGGCGUCACUACACGCUGAGCGUAGCCCUGCCAGGCUCUAUCUUGAACAACGCCCAGUCACUGGAGCUGCGGACAUACCUUGCUGGACAGAUUGCUCGGGCCUGUGCCAUCUUCUGUGUGGAUGAGAUCAUAGUGUUUGACGAGGAUGGAGAAGAUGUAAAGAGCGUGGAGGGGGACUUUGAAGGAAUUGGGAGGAGAGGCAAGGCUUGCGUGCAGCUGGCUCGGAUCCUGCAGUACCUGGAGUGCCCUCAGUACUUGCGGAAAUCCUUUUUUCCAAAACAUGAGGAUCUGCAGUUUGCAGGGCUUCUCAACCCCCUGGACAGCCCCCACCACAUGCGGGUGGAUGAGGAUUCAGAGUACCGAGAAGGUGUAGUAUUGGACCGGCCAACUAAGCCAGGCAGAGGCUCUUUUGUUAACUGUGGGAUGAGGAAGGAGGUGCAGAUCGACAGACAGCUGAACCCUGGUCUGCGAGUCACUGUGCGCCUGGAGGAACCCCAGAAGCCAGAAGCUAAAGUGCGGAAAGGCACCGUGGUGUCCUCACACCACCCUCGGACAGUCUCGGGCUUGUACUGGGGUUACAGUGUCCGCCUUGCCUCCUGCCUGAGUGCUGUCUUUUCAGAGUGCCCGUUCAAGGAAGGCUACGAUCUCUCUAUUGGCACCUCAGAGCGGGGCAGCUCUGUGGACCAGGCCACUCUUCCCUCCUUCAGGCAUGCCCUUGUUGUCUUUGGAGGUCUUGAGGGCUUGGAAGCUGGGCUUGACGUGGACCCCAACCUGGACGUCACUGACCCAAGUGUCUUAUUUGACUUCUACCUAAACACUUGUCCCAGCCAAGGCAGCAGAACCAUCCGGACAGAGGAAGCACUGCUGAUCUCUCUGUCUGCGCUGAGACCCCACAUCAAUGAGGCUGUGAAGACACCCAGCAACAGCUGCAGGAAGGAAAACCACUGACCUUGCCAUCAGCUGAGGACUGCCUCGGGGAAGCGGCUGUUCAAACACGGGGUGCUGGGCAAAUCACCCCAGGAGCCUGAUGGGGCCAAGACACAGUGUGACUAAAGCUGGUAGCGCUGUUUGACCAAGUGUCUGGCUGCACGCAGCCAGUCCGUGCCCUCCUGCCUGCAUGGUCCAGCCACGGGCUGGUCGCUGCCUCUCAGCAGCUGGGACAAGCCUGGCAGCAGACUGGGUCUCAGCAAUUCAGACGUCUGGGGUGGGGAAUAAAGCAGUAUGGAACCUCA